AUGUCGGACUACGGGAGUUCUCUUGCUUACCACCGGAGUGCUGCCUCCUCGAGCAGCGACCUGUCCGAGAUGAACGUCGAUCCAGGUUACACCCCGGAUUUUGGGCGCGGAAUGAGAGCGGAGGUCCAGCAGCUCUACCGACCAGACGAUCGAUCGGCGUGGAAUGAGUCUGUGCCCAAACAGCCUGUGACUGAAGCUGAAGCCGGGUCCUUGGCCCAAGAAUUCGCUGUGAUUGUGCGCCGCGAACCCCAUCCCAUCUCCCACCAGGUCGCCCUACAUUCGAUUACCAUUCAGAGCCCGCUGAUCAAGAAAGCACUGGAACGGAUAUUCCAGGGACUUGAGGGUCUGAACACUCAACUGAAAGAUUUGACCUUUAAGGCGCCAUUUCAUCCAUUCUACUAUCGAUGGCAUCGCUUCGAGAAGCUCCGCGAAGAGGAGCUGGACCCGGAACGUGGGCAUCACCUCAACCUCCUGUAUCACAUUCUACGUGAGGAGAUUGAGCCGUACAUCGAAGCAAUGCAGGACCUGGUCCAAAACAAGGUGAUGAGCUUCGACCACCUGUGGACGAUCUUCGGUCCCGGAAUGGAAAUCUUCACCAACGUGAAUGGGCAACCCCGUAUGAUGGAGGUAACCGAGAGUCGAUAUGGGGCCAAUAUGGGCGGGGAGUUCUUCACACUGGAGUGUCGCUAUAUUGACUGCGAUGGGUCCAGCUUCGGCUAUGUGUCCACCUCCAUCGACAUUGACAAAUUCGACGGUGUUAGGAGACUCGUCGAUCUGAUCGUUUUUCCCAGCCAUCUUCAUCCUGACGUGAAAGGCCUGAUCGACCGACUGCAUGCCCGGGGAGAGAAGUUUGAGCAGCUCAACGGCUUCCACCACUUGUCGUACUCAGGAUUCUACACGGCCAGGUCGUCACGACAGAUCCGCAAGCGCCAUGUCGAAAACAGUCGUAUCAUCGUUGAUCCGCAUAUGUUCAGUCUGUAUGGCACACCGGGCCCUGGCCUUGGGUCGAUCCAAGCGGAGACGGAUUUUGUCACAAGUUCAGCCCCCGAAGGCUCGCUAUUUGACGUGCCAAAUGUGGUAUUCAGAGCGACGAGUCAUGCGUAUCGGGAAUGUCAGAAUGCCUUGGAAAAGCACACCAGGUGUAGCAGGGACAGCCCCGCCAGUGCUCAUCAAAUCUUGAGCCCACGUCUGAAAUUGCUUUGCAAUCACGUCGUUCGCGGUUACUGCCUAUCUUUCAAAACAUGGGCCGAGUUUGACGUGGACAACGUCGGCCCCAUUCGCUGGAGCAAGGAUGCCUUCUCUCGGCUUGUUCUUCCCCACGGUUACAAGGAAAUCAUUCGCGCCUUUGUACAGGAACAGUUGGCCCGAGAUGACAAGUUUGAUGAUAUUGUCUACGGCAAAGGCCUGGGCUUCAUCAUGUUACUCGCUGGAGAACCUGGAGUCGGAAAGACACUGACAGCGGAAUCGGUUGCCGAGGAGAUGCGUCAGCCACUGUACUUGAUGGGUGCAAGCGAACUCGGAGAGACCGCUUCAGAAGUAGAGGAAUCGCUUGAACAAGUACUGCAGCUGACCAGUACCUGGAAUGCCAUCUUGCUGUUGGACGAGUGCGACAUGUUCCUCGAAGCUCGUUCGACUGCGGAUCUGCGUCGCAACCGACUGGUCUCUGUCUUCCUCAGGCAACUGGAAUAUUACCGAGGGGUGAUGUUUCUCACCAGUAACCGCGUCAGAGAUUUCGACCCUGCAUUUGAGUCGCGCAUUCAUCUCACCAUCCACUAUCCAUCUUUGGAUCCGGCGAGUCGGCUCCACAUAUGGAAGACCUUCGCUCGGAUGGGAGAAGUAGAUGGUCGACUGAGCGAGGCGGACUUGGAGUCUCUGGCAGCCAUUGAGAUGAAUGGCAGGCAGAUCAAGAAUACGGUCAAAACGGCACGUUUGUUGUCGAAGCAGGAAAAUGUGCCACUGGCGAGGGAGCAUAUUGAGAUGGUGCUGAAUGUUCGGAACGGAUCCCGUAUCUAG